UAUAAUGCGACCACUUAUGACGAACGUCUUAACAUAACCAUCCUAACCGAAUCUCUCUGCAUCGACUGUCAACGAUUUUUCGUCAAUCAACUCUAUCCUAUCAUUUUCGAGAAGUUUGCUGAUUUUGUAAAUAUUGAAUUUGUACCUUACGGUAAUGCACACAUCGAGAAUGGAGAAAUCAUUUGUCAGCAUAAAGAAGAAGAGUGUAGAAUCAACAAAUAUCAUUCAUGUAUGAUCGACGUUAUCGCGACACAGGAUAAAAUCGUGCCCUUGAUGCACUGUAUGGAAAAGCUGUUGAUGCUAAGCUUCGUGCCAACUUACAGUUUCUCUCCACAAAAGAUAAAAUAUGAAAUAUCUAUAGUACACCUUUUCAGAUCUUGUUUUACUUCAGAUCGUGGAUACAAGCUCCAAUUGGAGGCAGCUGAGAAAACAGAAAACGUCUGGCCUGACAAACAUAGAGGUGUUCCAUGGGUGAUUAUCAAUGGUGUUUCGUUGAAAAUUGUGCAAAAUAAGAUAGACAACUUGGCACCAUAUUUAUGCGAAUGGUAAGU